GCAGCGAGGGUUCGUACCAGGUUGCGUGGUGCGUGCGCUGUGACCAGUCUUCUCUUGUGUUGUCGUUUAUUCUUCACCUGCCCAUGUGUUUCACCUCGUGUUUAAACCUUUUGGCCCAGAGGACUGCGACACAGCUUCAGUGCGGUGUGCGGUUGGAGUAACGUUAAACCCAGUCGGGACUGUGGUAUGCAGGACCACUUGCUCACGUCCUGUGAGCAAACUGCUAGCUACAUUUAGCUUUGUAAGCUCAGCUGGUAACGCUAUCUUUUAACCUUACCUAAUACGGCUAUCAGGGUAACUACCGUUAGUUUAAAACGAGUUAGCUGUUGUUCUUGCGGUUUUGUUAUUGCCCGGGGAAACAUUUGACUUUGAAAGUAAUAUCUUAAAGUUAAAAACAGGUCACCUAAUAGCUAGGGAAGAGCUUGUUGGACCUGGUGACCGUCCUUGGUAGCUGGGUGUGUGUCUAACUUCUGUGAAUGGACAAAGACUCCAUGUGGCCAGAGCACUGACAUAUGACCCAGUAUGACAGCUACGUAACAGCACAGCCCCCAUUCAGCACUUCUCAUCGGACAUGUAAUUGGGCUUAUGGUUUUGUGUUCGCUUACAAGAAUGACUUGUCGUUCAGUGGUGAACUUGGUUUGUCUUGGGAAUCGAGCUGUCAGGCUGCUGUAUGGAAACUCACUUCGUCUCCUCCACACGUCAGUAUGCAACACCUCGUCGCAGCCGAAAACUGGAUUCAAACCGGAAAAAGUCGCAGUGGUUACAAAGACUACACGAUAUGAGUUUGAACAGCAGCGGUAUCGCUAUGCAGGACUCUCUGAAGAGGACUUAAAACAGCUGCUUGCUAUGAAGGGCUCCAGUUACAGCGGCCUGCUGGAAAGACACAACAUCCACACUAACAAUGUAGAACACAUUGUGAAGAGCCUGCGGAGAGAAGGUGUUGAAGUACGAGUUGUGAAGAGAGGAGAAUAUGAUGAAGAAGUAGUUCGAUGGGCAGAUGCAGUUAUCUCUGCAGGAGGUGAUGGGACAAUGUUACUUGUUGCCAGCAAGGUUUUAAGCAAGGACAAACCAGUUGUUGGAGUGAACACAGACCCUGAGAGGUCAGAGGGUCAUCUGUGCCUGCCUGUGCGGUACACUCGUGCCUUCCCAGAGGCACUGGAGAAACUCUUUCGUGGUGAGUUCAGGUGGCUGUGGCGUCAGAGGAUCCGUGUACACCUAGAGGGCACAGGAAUCAAUCCCACCCCCGUGGACCUGCACGAACAGCAGCUGAGCCUGGAGCAGCACAACCAAGCCCACCGCAUCACCACCAUGGAUGGCCAGCAGAGGACAGGAAUACUACCUGAGAGCUACUCCAAGCCUAGCCUCCUCCCUAUCAGAAGCCUGAAUGAGAUCUUCAUUGGAGAAUCUCUGUCCUCCAGGAUGAAGUUAAACUCCUUCAAACCCCAUGUUAACCUCUUGCUCCAUAGGGCUUCCUACUAUGAGAUCUCUGUGGAUGACGGCCCGUGGGAAAAGCAGAAGAGUUCAGGACUCAGCAUUUGUACAGGAACAGGAUCCAAAGCCUGGUCAUAUAACAUCAACAAACUUGCUGAACAAGCUGUGGGGGAGGUUCUAAAAAUUGGAUAUUCUCAAACAGGUCUUGAUAUCCCACUUAGCCAUGACUUCAUAGAAAAGGUUACUGAUGAAUACAACAAGUCUCUGGUGUUCAGUCCAGAUGACCGACGGUUGUUCUACAGCAUCAGGGAGCCCAUUGUCAACCGAGUCUUCUCCAGCAGUCGGCAAAGAGGCUUCGCCAGCAAGGUGUCUGUCCGCUCACGGUGUUGGGAUGCCUGCAUGGUGGUCGAUGGUGGAACUUCAUUCGAGUUCAAUGACGGGGCCAUCGCUACAGUCAGCAUGAGUGAGGAGGACCAGCUGCGGACGGUUGUUCUUGAUAACUGAGAGGAGUCCAGCGUACAUGACACAUGGCUGGUUUCUCUUAAGCCAACUGUUCAAAGGGAUGUGGUCAAAGGGAAGUACCACGUUUUAGCUUUAGCCUCCACAAGUGUUGAAUAUUUUUAUACCUGGAAGAAAGGUAUCAUUGUUACAAUUGUUUUAUGAAAUGUGUGCAUUUUUACAGAUUAAUUAUUUCCAAAUCAGAUUUUUUUUUCUUUUAUUGUCCAUCCCAGUAUCCCCAGUUCAAAACAGGUUAUAAACCUCUGGGUUACAAUGGCAAUAAUCUGUUUUGUAGAUCCUGUGUCAGGCAACAUUUAAAGCACAUUACUAUUGGCUGUCUGUCACUGCAUCAAACCAACAGAGUCAUUAAGCAGAGGAAGAGAUGGAAGGUCAAGUAGAUUGAUUGAUUGAUUGAUUGAUUGAUUAUUAGGUAGAACACAAUGUGAUUCUGUUCAUAGAAAACAGUUGUGUAAAUUUGUACCUGUUUCAGAUUUGAUUUUUUUUUGUGCUUUCACCCUUAUGGAGCCAUCAAUGAAUGACUUUUGAAGGAUAAGAAUGAAGUUGAUGCAUAUUCUUUUAUUGUCAGCA